AUGGCCCGUCUGAAACCCAGAGGCUGGUUCGCGCUGGUGACCUUACUGAUUGCGAUUACCCGAACCGAGGCAUCCGUCAACAUGCAAACCAAAUACGCUUGCGAGGGUGAGAUCCUCAGUCUGGACUGCGGAGAGAAGUACAUCAAGGUGUGGAGCGCCCUCUACGGCCGUGCCAAUCCAACCAUCUGUCAGGAGAACGUGAUGGCACCCCUUCCUCACGCCUGCCGAGCCGACAAGUCCAAUUUUGAGAGCAUACGUCACUGUGACGGCAACAACACCUGCGAGAUACGGGCGGAGAAUUCCGUCUUCGGAGACGCGUGCGGCAGCAUCAAGAAAUAUCUCCAACUGGAGUUCUACUGCCGCAGCGAGAAAUCUUCAGAAUGCAACCCAAGAGACUCUCCGACGUACAACACCAAGUAUGCCUGUGAUAACACUGACUUGGUGUUGGAAUGUCCCAACCCUGGAGACGUCAUCAAAAUCCUUGAUGCCAACUACGGUCGGCAAGGCUCCAAUGUCAACUGCACCUACAGGCCCGGCGUCGACGACGUUUUCUGCGACGACGAUACCGGGGAGUCCUUUGAGCAUGUGUGUUUGGAGUGCCGCGGAAAAACAGAGUGCACCGUUCCUGUCAGCCCGCAAGAAUUCAAGGAUCGCUGUGUGAAUACCAACAAGUAUCUGUCAGUGCAGUAUGUGUGCAUUUCAACAGAGCCUGAAGAGGAAGAAGAAGAAGAUGAAAGAGAGACUCCCCAGGAAAGUGAAAUUCCUGAAGAUAAUAACCGACCACCACCAAGACCUCGACCUGAACCAGAGGGCACUACUACCGCAGCACCAAAAGGCCCAAUAUUUUUCAUGCUUCCCAAGCCUGGACAAGUGAUUUCUGGAAGCAUUGGAUCUGCCACUGGACAAUCUGACACUAAAACUUUCACCUGGAAUGGAGGAUUAGAAGCACCUAGGCCGGGAUCCGGCAAUACAGGAGGAAGUAUUGGAUCUGGCACUGAUCCAGGAUCUGAGAACACCUUCACUUUUCUCAGGCCUGGCCAAGCUGGAACGCCGGGUAAAAAUGGAAUCCAGGGAAGCAUCGGUUCAACCCGACCUGAUGGGUCGGAGAGAAGCUUCACGUGGGGAGGAGAGCCAUUUGAAGGAUUCACCUCUCUCUUUGCACCUGUCGGAGCCGCUCCUGGUUCGACUGAAUUGAUCAUGAAGAUCAUUGUGACUACCGACGCGAGUGGACAGAAGUAUUUCACCUGGCAGGCAGUGCCAACAGGAGCAACACCUGGUGGUGCUGAAUAUCUGAUGAAGAUUGACCUGACCAAGUUAGCUCAGUACACUCAGCAGUUUACAUUUGCACAACUGAUUGAAGAGUUCAACAGGGGUAUCACGUUCUACAACAUGUACAACAAACCAUCUGAUGUCAGUCCACCAUUCCAGUUCAGCAUCGGCAAGGGUCUUACGGCCUUCUUUCCAUCCAUAUUUGAACUGAUCACUGAAGUCGAUGCCACAACAGGAAAGACAGUCACCGUUCCAUCCCCCUCAUCGUCCAAUUUCCAAGUUCUUCUUGAUGGAGGCAACAGGCAAAUCAUUGAGUACCUCAUGUCAUUCACCAACAUGAACCAGCAAUUACGAUCUGAACUGCUUGAUCACAAUCUGAGGAUACCACUGAGGUACUACGAUGAGACAACCAAACAGAUUGAAGACAUCAAAAUUCCCUUCUACGUCAACUACAAUGGUUUAACAGGGUCCCUUUCGACUGUUUACAAUGCAAUGCCGAAACCAACAUCCCAGUUUGGAAUGAAGUUUCAAAUCAUUGGGGAGGACGGCAGCAGAGAGCUCAUCACCUUACCCCUCACUAUCGUUGAGGACCAAGGAAAGAAGAUGCUCUUCUUGACACUGUCAACCUGUGCUGCCUAUAAGAUGUAUGGCUUUGGUGACGACAAGGAAUAUCUCAUUGAUCCUGAUGGAAUCAACAAAGGAGAACAACCAUUUGUUGUCAACUGUAACAUGGAAAAGGGCGAGACAAUCAUCAACCACAAUCGCGAGGAGUCAACGGUAGCCUCCUACCCAGCCGGCCAGAGCAGACUGAACGUCGACAUCACAUAUGACGGAGCCUCGGCAGCACAGCUUGCAGCUCUGAAAACCGUCUCGGAAACUUGCGAGCAGGAGCUGUCGCAUGAAUGUGUCAAAACAUCGGCCCACUUUGUGGGUGGAAAUGCAAAGAUCUGGUGGCAGAGUUUUGAUGGGAAGAAGAGAGAGAACUGGGGCGGUGUGGAAACUGACGUCAAAAAGUGUCACUGCGGAUUGACUGAUGCAUGCAAGAUCAAGGGAAGCCUUUGCAAUUGUGACAACGCAGAAGGAACAAGUGACUGGGGUGCUUUGAUUGACAAGGACACCCUUCCUGUCAGCAGGGUCGUCUUUGAAACACCUGCUGCUACACAGGGUCAAGACAAACUCAAAGUCGGUGCUCUGAAAUGCAGUGGAGAUCAAAGUUCCAAUACCUUGAAGUUUUUCAUCAUGCUGAUGCAGAUGUUGGCUCGUGGCACUGGAGGUAAAAUUCUGAAAACUUGUGAUGAAUACAAGAAUGUUGGCUACGAGCUUGACGGCGUCUACCUGAUUGAUCCUGACGGGAAAGGAGGGGAAAAACCUUUCACUGUUGUCUGUGACAUGGAAAAACAGGAACAUGGUGUAACCAUUGUCCAUCAUCAGGUCAGCAACCAGCGCACCAUGGUCAACAACUUUGAGGAGCCCGGCAGUUACAGCAUGGACGUCAGUUACGGGGCCACCUUGAGACAAAUCGAGAAUCUGAAACACGUGUCGGGAGUCUGCGAGCAGUCUGUCACAUACGAGUGCCAGGGGUCUGCGUUCCGCGUCGGCGAUGUUCAGUAUCACUGGUGGAUGUCGUUUGAUAAUGAGAAGAUAGAUCCCACUUGCCUGGGAAACUCCAACUGCGACUGUGACAAGGACGACAACGUCUUACGCAAGGACGUCGACCUCUUGAAAGACAAGAACAAACUGCCAGUCAUGCAGCUGCGUUUUGGCGACACGGGAGGCAACGAUGAAUUUGGCUACUACACCCUCGGCCCUCUCAGAUGCUGGGAUUAUUCUAGGAAAGAUGUCGCUACCCGUGCUGAUCUAAGCUCUUGUGAGGCUAUCAAGAAGGCUGAUCCAGCAGCCAGAAGUGGCAACUAUUACAUCAAGGUGAACAUAAACUUGGAGAGGUUCCUCGUUUAUUGCGACAUGUCUGGAACUGAGGGAAUCACCAUCAUCUAUCCUGAUAGUGUACGAACGCUAGAAAUUGACGGCUUCUAUGAAGAGCCAGGAACCUGGGCUCGUUCCAUCCGCUAUGGACCAUCUGAGAUCCAGCUCCUAGCCCUGACGACUCUGUCAGCCUCCUGCAAGCAGUUCAUCAGCCAUGGUUGCCAUGGCUCCCUGCACCAUGACGACGUGACGGGAAAGAUGUACACCUGGUGGCAGUCCAGGAGAGGAGAAAAGAUGACAUACUGGGGAGACACCAAGGAGGGAUGUCAGUGCUAUGCUGAUAAAACCUGUCAGGUAGCCAACCAAAAGUGCAACUGUGACGUCAACUCUCAGAGUCUGAGUUCUGACGAGGGAUUCUUGACGGACAAGUCUGUGCUUCCGGUGUCAGCCAUACGAUCCGGAGACGUCAGCGACAACAACGGCUGGGAAUAUGGAACGGCUAAGCUGGGACCCUUGAUGUGCCAAGGAGAGCAAGCAUUGCCCGGGGUCCGGGAACUUGAUUCAGAACCAGAUUGUGAGCCUAUCAUAACUGAAGAUGGAGGACAGUAUCGGGAAAUGACUGGAGAACAGACGCUUAGUGACUUUGAGUUCAGUGUGCGAACCCCUGGGACUGCCAUUCUUAAACUGGGUGUAUACAGCGGGCCUGCAACUGCUUACUACAAAAUUGAAAUUGAGCCAGGGAAAAACGUCAACUUCUAUCGUUGCAAUUACAAUGCGAGACAGGAGGACUGCAGCGACAAACAGACACAGUCCUUUACAUCGGCCCCAUCCAGUGCCACCGAGGACCGGAAGUUCAUCCUCACAUUUGGAACGUCCGGACUUGAGUUGACUGAGAAUGGCGAGAGCGUGACGUUCCAAGACCGGAGUAUAAGAACCUUGCCCGUUAAGUACUUUGCCUACAAGACAUCGGGUGGUGAUGGCCAGUGGUUGUUUGACAGCAUCUGUACAGGGACUGUCAAAGUUAUGUGUAGUGGAACCGACACAUUGAGCUGUGUAGCACCGAUGAAGCCUUACAUUGUAAAAGCCUUGUAUGGACGGACAGAGAGGGAUGUUUGCGAAAUAUCGAACGAUCCGACGGAUUAUCCAGACUGCCAGAUAGACGUCACAAAGCAAUUACGGAAUAACCAUGCCUGUUUGAAUCAGGGCAGUACUUGCUACUACCAUGCCUCGGACAACUCCUACAAAAGUGCUCUGAUAAAUGCAAGAUGCAGGCCGAAGAAGGGAUACCUUCACCUUGUUUACUCCUGUCGGAAGGAGUUACCACAGGAGAAGAAUCUGGGUGCAUGUAGCUCCAACCCCUGCCAACACGGCGGCACCUGCUUAGAGUCGGAUGACGAAGCGUCUUAUUCUUGUUUGUGCCACGAAAAGUUCGCUGGAGUUAACUGUGAGACAGAGAUGGUUACCUGCAGUGCCCUCGGUGAUCCGCACUACAAGAAUUUUGCCGCACAUAGGUUUGACUUCCAGGGCAACUGCAUGUACGUCUUUGCUCGUGACUGCAAAGAGGAUCCAGAUUUUGAGGUCCUCGUGGUGAAUCAGUCUCCGAAGCUUAACACUGCAGUGUCCAGUACUGCAGAGGUUAUCGUGGUAAUAAACGACAGGAAAAUCCAACUGAAGAGAUACAAGGAAAUUCUCGUUGAUGGUGAGCGGAUCGAACAGCUUCCCGAGGUAGAUGAAGAUUUCAGCAUCAGAGAUCGAGGGGCACACGUGGAGUUGCAUGUGCCAGAGUACAGCCUGACAGUAACUUGGAACCACAACGACAUUACCAAAGUGAUCCUUCCAAAGAACGACGGUUCCAGGGACAUCUGUGGACUCUGUGGGAACACGCGUGCAUUUCUCUCUGUCGGCAGUUACCAGAUGAAGUCAGGAACGAUUGUGACAGACCCAGUUGUCUUUGGCAAUAGCUGGCAAGCUGAUACAGACACCUGUGUAGCCAACACGGAUCCCAGGAACAAAGGUCAGCUCAGCCAAGCCAUCAGCGUUGGACAGCUUGUGAUUGCUAGACGAUUCUGCAAGGCAAUCUCAGCUACUAAUGUUGCAGGAUGUCCAAAUACAGCAGCCACUGCUGAUGCAAGCAGGCAGUCAUGUGAGUUUGAUCACGCCAGUGGUCUUGCAGAGAAGGCCUGCAACAUCAUCAAGGAUUAUCAAGACGAGUGUGUGGAAGAAGGGGGAAGCAUUGUAUCGGGUGGAAACACCCAGUGUGGUGCUGCAUGUGCAAAGCAUCUGGAGCACACUCAGUGCGUCAUGCCGUGUGGCACCUGCGCUUCGUUCCGUCUCUUAUCCGGCAACUGUAAUGAGCCCUGCAUCUCUGGAUGUUCCUGCCCGGAUGGAAAGUACGACGAUGGUGAUGCUUGUGUGGAGGAAGAAGAGUGUGGAUGUGCAUAUGAAGGCAGAUACUAUAAGCUUGGAUCAAAAUUCCUGGAUGCCACCUGCACUGAGGAAUGCACCUGUUUACAAGACAAUGUUGUUGAAUGUGGUACACCUGCAGACAAGCUGUGUUCCAUGGAUAAUCCUGAGUUGCAUACCAUGUGUAUGCUCAAUGACGGUGUCUAUGAGUGCGUGUGCAUCAGAGGGUAUGAACUAAACGCAGAUAAAACAGCCUGUGUAGCAAUGCAAAUGAAUGAUCUAGUGUACCCACCAGGUCGUCGGCGUCGCAGAAGGGAUGUCAGUGAAGCUGAAUGCAAUGUGGAAUUGGGCAUGGCCUCAGGCCGCAUAGCUGACAAUCAGAUCUCCUCCUCCUCAAGCAAGAAUGGGAAGAGUCUAGCCAAACAUGCACGGCCCAACCUGAGCGGCUGGACCCCACAGAGAGGCGACACCGAGCAGUGGCUCAUGGUCGACCUAGUAAUACCAACAGAGAUAACUGGUGUGAUGACUCUCGGCGAUCGCCACAAAGUCGGGAGGAGGUACAAGCAAGCAUGGGUGAGUGCCUAUGGAGUGGAAAUCAAGCUGGAUAGCUUGGAUCCAUGGAUAACAGUGAGAGAUUCCAACCGCCGAGAACAGUUUUACGGAAAUACAGACACAAACACCCCCGUCACAAACACGUUUUUCGAGCCGGUCCAUGCACGCUUCCUACGCAUCAGGCCCAUAUCAUUCUAUGGUGAAAUCAGCAUGCGUAUGGAGGUGAUCGGCUGCAAACAGGUAUGCGAUGCAGAGAUUGGCACCUUCCCUGUCACCCGCCACAUUGCAUCCGACAACUGGUUUGUCGUCAACACCGGUGAACCAAUCACCUGCAUGGGUCAGGUCACGGCUUGGAAAGUAAUCCACGCUAGAGAAGAACCUCUUGAGGCGUGGGUCCUAAGACCUCUGAAAAAUAAUCCAGACGGCUUCAUGCUUAUCGGAAACACCCACAUACCUGCUGGUCCUGUCGACAAAGAAGUGGAAUACGAACUGAUGGGUGAUCAGCGCAUACCUGUACAUACUGGUGACGUCAUCGGGUUCUUGUACGAGCGGAACCCUCUCUACUCAAGUGAAGAAGGAGAGGAGACGAUGGACUACAAGUGGCUGCACAUCCGCGACAUCUCCAACUUUGAAUCCAUGAAACCAGGAUUUUCCCUCCGAUUCACUGCUGGCGACGGAAAACGUGCUUUCUCCGCUGUUGCUGUUCUUCAGCCAUCCAAUGGAGUACCUGUUCCCCCAGUCCAAUGUGCUGGAGAGAUGGGACUGAGCAUGGACAAGAUAGUGAUACCAGAUGAGGCGUUUUCUGCGAGUAGCCACGUGAAGGGUCACAAACCAACACGAGCCCGCCUGAACACACUCUACAGCCACGGUGGGAUGAGAAGUGGAUGGACGCCCAGACGGAGAGACAGGAAGCCUUACUUACAGGUUGAUCUUGGAGAUCAGCGACAUCUGUCUGGCAUCAUCACCCAGGGAAGGCACUUAAAGGAAAACUUGAAGAACUUUAAGGCAGACACUGGACGGAAGAGGAGGAGAAUGCGACGACAAAAGAGACGUGCCCGAAGGAGAAGUGCCUGGGUUACUGCCUACUUUGUGAAAUACAGCUUGGAUUGUGAGCACUGGGAGUACAUCAGGACACCUGAUGGACAACGGCAGCUGUUUGACGGAAAUGUAAACCCAAGCACCCCGAAGACAAACUAUCUGGAUGAACCCGUAACAGCAAGAUGUAUCCGCAUCCAUCCAAAGAAACAGCGGCGGUCAAAAAUUGGGUUGAGAUUGGAGCUGCUUGGCUGUUCAGUUGACCCAUGCACCAGCAGCCCUUGUGAACAAGGAGGGACCUGUAGACAGACGUCAGGCCUGAAUCCGGAUGGUUACGUCUGCCAGUGCCCAGAAGGAUGGACAGGAACGAGAUGUGAGAUUGUUGAGGGCAUGUGCCGUAGUGCCGGUGACUCCCAUUACAACACCUUUGACGGUCGUCAUUACUACUUCCCUGGCGAGUGUACGUACACUCUGGCUAAAGAUUGCAUGAACGGGGAUGCACCAACCUUUGACGUUCUCACCAAUAAUGCUGCUGCUGGCCGUGAGAUUUACAUCUUCACCAACGAUAUAAUGUUUGAAUUCAAACAAGAAGGUGUCGUACAUGUCGAUGGAGAAGCUUGCAGGCUACCAGUCAAACGGAAUGGUGUUUCAGUCGUUCAUAAUGCCUACACUGGAGUGUUGUUGCAGACAACCUAUGGUUUGACUGUAGAAUGGGACGGUCACCAUCGUGUCGUUGUGAAUCUGCCAGCAACUUUUGCGGAUGGAGUGUGUGGGCUGUGUGGCAACUUCAACGGUAACAGAGAUGAUGACAUUCCAGAGGGUGUCUCUGAGAUGCAGUAUGGAGAAACGUUUGCAUCAGAACCGGAGAAUUGUGAAGUCUGCGAGAAGUGCCAGCUGGACAAACCAUACGAUAGCAAUCCUGGCAGACAGAGUGAAGCUCAGGAGUCGUGCAGUCCGAUCAAGGAUCCACUUGGACCCUUUGCACGUUGCCACGGUGUAGUGAGCCCAGACGAGAUCUACGAUGACUGUCUUCAAGAUGUCAGUGACUCAGACUCACUGAGCAGUGUUCCACGCUGCACCCAGUUUGCCGAGUAUGCCGACAUGUGCUCACUGAAUGGCGUAGUCAUUACGUCAUGGAGGAAGAAGAAUUUGUGUGGCAUUACAUGCCCAGCAGGGAUGAUUUACACUCAUUGCGGAAGUGCUUGCCCAGCAACCUGUGGUGACCCCCAUGCUCCAAAUACCUGCACCAAACCCUGCGAGGAAACCUGUCAGUGUCCAGAGGGGCUUCUCAAGGAGGGUGACAAGCUUUGUGUGCCACCGUCUGAGUGUGGAUGCACUGACAAUGGAUGCUACUUUGAGCGUUUGACGACUUUCUACCGCUCCGGAUGCACUGAGAGAGGCUUCUGUGGAUUGAAUGGCGAGGUGAUGUAUGAAGCAAGCCAGUGUGGACAAGAUGCAACCUGCGGAUCAAAGGACGGUGUGUAUGGCUGCUUCUGCAAUGAUGGUUUCUCUGGUGAUGGACUGCAGUGUACCGAUGUUCAAGGUGAUAAAGCCUUGCUCACAUGCGAAAGUGAUGUCUUGAACCUCGACUGCGGGGCGGGUCAGCACAUCGAUAUAGUGGAAGCAGUCUACGGCCGAAUGGAGGACUUUGAGAAAUGUCCCACCAAGAAUCAACCGAAGGGGGAGUGCUCGUCACAAUCUACAAUGAGUGUUCUCAUCGCCAAGUGUCAAGGAAAGGAGGAAUGCAGUGUUGAUGUCUCAUCAGAAGUAUUCGGAGAUCCUUGCUAUGGUGUCAACAAGUACCUAGAGGUGGACUUCCAGUGCACAGCAACUCCAAAGCCGAAGAGUGUAUCUGAGGAGGUGAUGAAGAGAGUGUGCCAAGGAGACUCUAUGGAGAUUGACUGUGGAAACCUGUACAUAGAGGUUCUUGAUGCCGUGUAUGGACGUGUGACUGACGGUCAAGUCUGUCCUGGUGGCCACAUUGAGAGCGUCGAUUGUAUGGCCACAACCUCACUGGCGGUCAUCCAGCAAUUGUGUCACGGAGAGACUAAGUGCACUGGAUUGCAAGCAGCCAGUCAUCUGUUUGGUGGGAACCCCUGCGGAAGGACGUUCAAAUAUUUGGAGGUGAAGUACAGGUGUAGUUCUGAAGUUGUACAAAAGGCGAAUCUUCCUGCCAACCCAUGCGCAGAGAAUCCCUGUCUGAACGGAGGACAGUGUGUGACACAGGAGACCUCCAGAGGCUACAAGUGCACCUGUCCUCAUGACCGGACGGGGCCGAACUGUGAAUUUGAGGAAGUCAGUUGUCGUGCAUCAGGAAUCUCCCACAUUAUGGACUUCAACGAGCAACACUUUGAGUUUUUAGGUGACUCCAAGUAUGACCUAGCCACGAGUUGCCUCGAGAAUAAAAAUGACUUCCGAGUCAUGAUCAAGAAGGCUCGAAUGCCGACUGAGAACAGUGUGUCGACCAUUGAAGCUGUGCAUGUUCAUUACGAUGGCAAGGUGAUUGAGCUCAAGCAAGAAUACAAGGUCCUCAUGGAUGGCAAGAAAGUGUCUGACACGAUGAACCUCAACUUUGGAAAAAUCCGGCUCUGUCGAGUCGGCAACUACUUGCUCCUUAAAACUGACUUUGAGAUGAUCGUAGCCUGGGAUGGCCUUCACCGUGUACAAGUGAGAAUGCCAGACAAUGUGGCCAGACAGACGUGUGGUCUGUGUGGUACCUACCAUGGGCUCGGUACAGAAAACGAAGGAUUCAUUGGAAAAGAUGGAAACAAGGUGGAUGACGUGGAUGCCUUUGGCUCCAGCUGGCGUGUUGCUGCUGAUGCUCCAGCCUUUGUCCACACUGAUCUCAUCACCAUGCACCCCUGUAGCAUGUGGCCAUCACGGGCACAUGAGGCAUCUGUGUUAUGCUCGGAACUCAAGAAUGCAAGAGGUGUAUUCAGAAGUUGCUUCGCCAAAGUUGACCCAGGAGAGUACUACCGCAAGUGCAUGUAUGAUAUGUGCGCAACACUACCAAGCCAGGAGUUGCUGUGCCAAGCUAUGGCUGAAUACGCAGAUAUCUGUCUGGACGAGGGAAUCGUCAUUGAUAACUGGAGAUCUAGUUUCAGAGAAGGACAAUGUGAAAUGGCAUGCCCCAACGGACAGGUGUACAGUGCCUGCGUUCAAUCCUGCCCCAAGUCCUGUGGUGAUCCGCAUGCUGGAAAGGAACCUAUGGACAGGUGUUAUGAAGGAUGUAUGUGUCCAGAGAGUGGACACUUACAGGAUGGCGACCAAUGCCUGACAUCAGACAACUGUGGCUGUCAGCGAUUGGGCAUCUAUUACCAGCCUGAGGAAAGGGUUGUCAACGACCAAUGCACUGGUCAGUACAUCUGCCUACCAGGAGGAAAAUGGAAUGAGAAUCCACUGACCUGCGAUGCCAACGCUCAUUGUGGAGUGGUGGAGUACAAACAGGACUGUGUUUGCAACGACAACUUUGCUGGAAGUGGGAAGCAGUGUUUUGAUGCUAAGCAUGUCACUCCCAAAGUUGCCUCUCAGGGUGAGAGCCUCCACAUCGACUGCGGAGACGAGUAUGUUGAUCUCAUAUCAGCAGACUACAGCUUCACUGAUCCAAGCAGUGCCGGAGCGACCACAGAUCCCGAUUGCCGUGCCUCCAAUGUCAUGGAUGUCCUGGCCAACCACAUCUCGAAAGACGGCAAAAUCCUGGAAGCCAAGGCAUCUGCCUACCACUUUGGUGAGACCUGUCAGCAAACAGGCAACGUCUUGACCGUCAGUUACAUGUGCUCUGCACGGCCUGUUGUCCGAGAAGUGGAGCUUGGCAAGGUGGUGCACAUGAGGGGAUGCCAAGACAGGGAGAUCUCCUUGAAGUGCCACAAGGGGUCAAGGAUUAAGAUCUUGAAGACUGAAUAUGGACGGCAGACUGGCAGCGAGGUGUGCCAGAGUGCUUACAGCCAACAUAUACUGACCACUAGCUGUCGAGCUUCUCCAAAGCGACUCGAGAAGAGGGUGCGAAGACGUUGUGACAACCGUGAGGAAUGUCGCAUCCAGAUCAAGAAGCGUAAACUGAGAGUGAACCCAUGUAAAGAGACGCCAAAAUACCUGGAUGUCACGUACAAGUGUGAGGCUCAUGAGCCAAACUAAAUGAGGACAAGAAAGCUGAAGUAUUGCAGCACAAGGAACUCCUAAACAACAGGUCACUCAUUCAGACCUGACAAUUAUCUUUCUCUUUGUAAUAAGGAAAUUCUAAAAUGUAGUGCUGUCAUUCCACAAUAAUUGUGGGAAUGCAAAAUUAAAAGGAAAUUGGCUUAUCAUCAAUUCAGAAAAAAACAUUGUCACACAAAAAAACCCUGUUUCUAAUGGGCUAAAGGCCGCGCGAAGUAUUUCCAAAAAAUUGUGGAAUCAAAGUUUUCUUAAAAUGUACAUUUGUAAUUGGUGAACUGUAUCAAGGGUUUUCUGGGGAAAAGGUAUUCAUUUAAUAAAAGAGUAACUUCAACUUAAUUUUGAGGCCUUGUUUAAAUUCCAGAUCAAUUUAAAUUCAUGCACCUGUUUAUCUUAAUUAAUUACAUUAUAGUCAUAGAAUUACUAACACAUUAGAAUAAGGAGAUUUAAGGCAGAGUAAAGGGUCUUAAGGCAAGUAAUUUAUCAGUCUUAAUGUAGAUACUUUGGGCAUAAUGUAUCAAUAAUUUUGGUCAUGAAUAACAAAAUAUAAAAAUGGAGUUUUUGUUUUAUUUUGGGCAGAAGGUUUACAUUAAAUGGUGUAAGAUGUAAUAUAAUCAUCAAUCGAAAUUAAUUUGUUUUCGUGUGAAGACGAUCUUGAAAAAUUUUGUUCAUGGGGGAUAAGGUGACUUUCAUCGUCAUACCAGCUGUGGUGUCUGAUUGCAGGCUAUAUAUAGUUUAUUUAUGCUUUGCACUAGGGAUAUGUAGAGAUAUACUUCAGUUGUACUUUGGUACAAGUUAACUUGCAUAAACAUUUCCUAGGAUGAUUUAAUGAAUUCGAAAAUCAAAAUCUGUCCCAUUCAUUUCCCGUAAAUAAAAUGUAGGAGCCAACCAAUUUUUUUUUCAAUAUUUUGUUCAGUUAUUUUUUUUUUUAAUUCAUCUGUCGGAAUGGAUAUAUUUUAUUUGUUUAUUAUAUUUUUGUCUUUAACCUUUUAUUUUGUGAUUCUUAAAGUGAAUUCCAGUUGUAAAAUGCUUGGUGUAAGUAUACUUUCGAAAGGUGUUGCUGUAUCUAAAGAACUGAUUAAAGUUUGAAUGCUUCUGGUGGCGUUUCUAAA